ACACUGCUCUACGUUCUUGGUUUUGCGGGGAUUUUGCUAGUAUACAGCCUUUCGAAAAGAAAUUGGACGUUAAACCUUCAAUCUACUCCGCUUAUAUUACCACGCAAAGGAGGCACGAGGACUGGGAUACUGCCAGGUUGCCCAAGCCUAAACAGGGGAAGUCGAGAGGCAGAUUUCGGGGUCGAACCACGGACCCUCUAAUCAGAACAUUCGCAUUCCAACCACAAAGCCAUGUCGCUAUCUCGUUUGCUCCAGAACCCGCUCGAUUGUAUUUACGAUGGCAAGACGGAAGCAUCUUGGAACCGAUCGAUUUAUACACAGUAGUAUAUGGUGCCUGUGCAGCGAAUCAAGUGGUGAUCUCACUGAAAAGCAUGCUUUAUUUCCAAGGCCGAUAUCGAAACAGUUCAAGUGCCUGCAAACUCCCCAUGAACAGACCAUCCAGUAUUGUUUGUAGACGCCAGCCUCUAGAAGCUUACAGACCGGUUCGACUGCACUGGGUGGCUGACAUGGAUGCGCGAAAUCGCAUAUUGUCUAUAUUCGAAGAAUGGCAGCCAGUCGAUGUACAUAUAUUUCUGUACGAAUAUGAACGAUACCUGCCUUAUGUAGAAUCGAUCCCCACGCGGCACUCUGCGGGUACCCCUCCUCUGUACAAACUUCUUGCUCCCUAUAUUCUUCCAGAAGACGUGAAAAAAAUCAUUGCUCUGGACUCGGAUGUCCUGUUCAACUACAAUGUACUCAACCUGUGGAAGGAAUUUGGACAGUUUAAAUCUGGUCAGUCACAGAGUGUUCCACAAGGUUGUGCCAGAAUCUCCGUGAGGGGGCGAGAAGCGUCCAGUCAAGGAUGCUCGAUCCGGAUUGGCUGGUAUUCUGACCAAUCAAGGCAUGCCUUCGUUUGGUUCGGUAAAUACUCGUCCAAAACAAAUGGUCCACUUGGACUACAAAAGUACAAACUAAGGGAGCAAACAGGCUCCCACGUGGACAGUCACAUGUGCACAAAGUCGGCUAUAAAUGGCCGGACGACCUCAAGGCCAAAUGGGGGAAGUAUACUUAGUUGCAAGUACGUGCUACAGAGCGACUCGACAAAUUCAGUAAUAGAUCUCACUUUUCAAGAGACGCGAAGAGGAUUCACGAGAAGGCACUACUCGCAUGCCCCAUCAGUAGUAUUCACCGUUACACUAGCAUUCGGUGCGGUUUGUGAACAAGUAACAUUUUGUCCGUAUUCAUGCCCAAAAGAAGAUUUACCGUUCCCGACAUUCGGCAUCAACACCGAUGUUUUGUUAAUGGACCUCGCAGAACUUCGCCGGAUAAACUGGUGGCAGUUAUGGCGACAGGAAGUCUUGAAAGAAGUUAACGAAUGGGGCUUCCUUCCAGCAGGUGAACAGAAAGUGAUCAGUCAAGUGAUGAGUAAAUAUAUUCAGUUGUAUCAUCGGUUGAGAUGCGAAUGGAACAUCCAGAUAUUUCGAUCCGACGGAAUCAACUGUUGUCCAAUUCAGUGGGUCGAUCGAUUACCCGAUGAAACUGAAUGUAUCAGUGGCCCGAAUCACAUGAGGUUACGAGAACAGGCACGCCUAAUCCACUAUAAUACCAGAACAAAACUGGAAUCAUGCGGAUCAUACACCCCAUCUCCGCUGGAAUUUCAAGCCGGCCUUGAAGAAAUGUCACUCCAACAACUUCGUCACAGAUACUUCCAAGUUCACAACAAGUUUCGAAACAUGCCAACAGAAUGUCUUCCCUGA